UCUCUUCCUCACACAUCUCACUCACUCACUUGAUUCUCAACAACUAACAGUUUCCGAUUUCGUUGUAACCCUAAAAUUAGGCAAAACGGCGAAAUGGGAUAAGAGAGAGGAGGAGAAUAUGGCGUCGCAGAUUCUCCCAUUCUCAUACCUUCCGCCCCCUAAAUCUCCACCACUCGCGAAGCAAGCCAUGUACAAGCCUCUCCUCUCCCGCGCCUCCAGCUUCAACGGCUCCGCUCUCGCCACCAAUGGUGGUGGUGGCUUAACUGCUUGGUAUCACAACAAACGGCGACGUUCCAACAGCGAUAAUAACUGCCUCUCCGCGCUUCCCGAUCGUACUAACGGAACCGACGGCGGUGAUGAUAGCACUAUCGCUCAGGAUGUUAGCCACGCCGCUGCCGAGACCUUCUUGUUGACUCGUCUGUGCUUGAAGCUCCUGAGCUAUCUUGGGGUAGGAUAUAGAUGGAUCACAAGGUUUAUGGCUCUUGGUUGCUAUGCUUUCUUGCUUAUGCCAGGCUUUCUUCAAGUCGGAUAUUACUAUUUCUUCUCUCCUCACGUCCGUAGAAGUAUUGUUUACGGUGAUCAACCAAGAAACAGGCUUGACUUGUAUCUACCUAAGAACUCCGAUGGUCCUAAACCUGUUGUGGCGUUUGUCACUGGUGGAGCCUGGAUUAUCGGUUAUAAGGCGUGGGGUUCUCUUUUAGGACAGCAGUUAUCAGAAAGAGAUAUUAUUGUCGCAUGCAUCGAUUACAGGAAUUUUCCUCAGGGAUCUAUUAGUGACAUGGUUAAAGAUGCUUCGUGUGGAAUCUCAUAUAUUUGUAACCAUAUUGCUGAGUAUGGUGGUGAUCCAAACCGAAUUUAUCUGAUGGGUCAGUCUGCUGGUGCACAUAUCGCUGCUUGCACCCUUGUAGAUCAGGUUGUUAAAGAGUCAGGGGAAGGGGACAGUGUUUCUUGGAGUAGUUCACAGAUAAAUGCUUAUUUUGGCCUCUCCGGAGGGUACAACCUUCUGAGCCUUGUAGACCACUUCCAUAGCAGGGGACUCUAUCGAUCCAUCUUUCUGAGCAUCAUGGAAGGAGAGGAAUCAUUAAGUCAGUUUUCUCCUGAACUAGUAGUGCAAAAUCCAAAUCUCAAACACAUUGUUGCUCGUCUCCCACCUAUUAUUCUUUUCCAUGGUACUGCUGACUACUCCAUCCCUUCAGAUGCAAGUAAAUCUUUUGCGGAAACCCUCCAGAGACUUGGAGGGAAAGCAGAAGUGAUCCUUUACGAGGGGAAAACACACACGGAUUUGUUUCUUCAGGAUCCAAUGAGAGGUGGAGUAGAUGAGAUGUUUGAAGAUAUAGUAUCAGUGGUCCUGGGAGGCGACUCAGAAGUGGUUGGUAAAAGCGUAGACAGAAGGCGUCUUGUGCCUGAAUUCAUGUUGAAGUUGGCUCACUGGGUCAGUCCGUUCUAACUUUCACUCUCUCUAUCUCCCAGUAGAGCAGAGCGAAGUAAAGUCCUUCUGUGUAUAGUACUUAACAAGGAGACCGAAGAACCAUUAUACUUGGAAGAUACGGAUGAUUUUGAACUCUGAACAUGAUGAUGAACUGUAUUCCAGUUUGCAAUACACGUUGAUUCUUUUGUCAUUCUCGGUUUGUGUAAUUGUAGAACAACAAAGAUCAGUGAAUAAAAAAAAGUCUUUAUUUA